ACAUAAAGAGACGAAACCCCACCCCCUGUCUCUCUCUCUCUCUCUGAUCGAACUUCAGUUUUUCCUCUGUUUCUUGUUUUUUUACUUUUCCGCAAAGAAAUGUUUGGUAUAGCCAUUCAUGUGUGACGUGCCCUGAAGAAAGCAGGACCGCUUGGGCUUUUCAGUGAAGGGGUGUCUCGUUAGUCGUUCUUGCUUUCCUCUGUGCUGGGGGGAAAAGGAGCACACUUUCUGAUGAAACAGCUCUUCGGUUCCAUACCGCAAACAUGACAUGUGGAUAGCAUCUUGAAAAUCAGUUUUCUCCAUCUGGGCGUGCUUGCUGUUUGUUUAUUUUCCGUGAGAAUGAAGUGGAAGUGCAUAUCGUUCUCAUUUGGUCGGAUGUAAACCCCGAGUCCCCUGCUUUACAGAAUCAGUUUAAACAGUCAACGAUGUAUUCACCAUCGAAGUAGAAAUGUGAAUUUUGAAAGCCGAGAAUGGAGAGGCUGAACUCAAAGCUCUACUUGCAAAACUGCUACAUCAUGAAGGAGAACGAGAGGCUGAGGAGGAAAGCCCAGCUCCUGAACCAGGAGAAUCAAGCCCUCCUCUCUGAGCUGAAGCAGAAGCUCUCCAAAUCCCCCAAAUCAAGCAACGACCCGAAUGGUGGCGCUGCCACAACCAUUCCAGACCUCAACCUCUGCUCAUCUUCCUCAACAAAUCCUACCAAGACCAGCAAACCCUGAGCCUAUCCAUCACCAUCAUGAUCAAGAAGAGCCACUAAGCCAAAAAAAAGAAAAAAGGAGGAGCUUGAUGAUAACCCUAGUUAGAUAGACUGAAUUGUCACCCUCCCUUUUUCUUUUUUUGGAGUAAUAUUUUGCCCAGCAACAGUGUUAGUUCUAGUUUCAGUUAUGUAGGGACUGUAGCAGCAGGACCAGGAGAAGCAGUAUCUUCUUAUGUAGCUGUAGAUUUUUCUAGUAUUCAGUCCUUGUCUUCCCUUGUCUGUCUUAGCAUCUCUCUCUCUCUCUCUUCCUCUUCCUCUUUCCUUUUGGGUUUUUUGGGUGGGGGGGUCAAUAGAUAAGAAAUAUUUUGCCAGACCAUGGUUCAUAGU